UUUUUCAUGGAUUUAUUCUUUAUUGAUUUUUCUAGCACUUAAAAUUGUUGUAUACAUUUACGUGUUUUGUGACAUUGCUUAUAGGGUGAAUCAAGUGAUAUAUUUCUGAAAGCAAGGAAAGAAUAUUGCCAAACUGGACUGUUCGAGGAAAUGAAGUGUCUUUGUAUGUUGUUUGAGUUAUAACUGAAUGAGUUCUGGGCCACAGGCUGAUUGACUUCAUCAUCAACUUUCCCUCUUGCGCUUGUGACUUACUUUCAGGUUUUUGAGAACCACCUGUGGCAUGAACAUAUUCAAGCAAAUACUUCCCUCUAAACCUCGUUUUAAAGGGAUCAGUUAUUGGUCUAGAGUAACGUAUCUUUCUUUCCUCCAUUCAUCUACAACUACCUCAAUUGAAGUUCAUCCUCCAGAACAGGAAGUUGUAAUUGCUUUGGGGAGCAAUGUGGGUAAUAGACUUCAUAAUUUCAAUGAAGCUUUGCGUUUAAUGAAGAAGCUGGGUAUCCAGAUAACAAGACAUGGAUGUUUAUAUGAGACAGAGCCUGCGUAUGUUACUGAUCAGCCAUUGUUCCUCAACUCUGCAGUUAGAGGUAUUACAAAUCUUGGACCACAUGAAUUAUUGGCGGCACUUAAGCAAAUUGAGAAAGACAUGGGCCGAACUGCUGGAAUAAGAUAUGGCCCAAGACCAAUUGACCUAGACAUAUUGUUCUAUGGGAAUUUCAAGAUCAAUUCUGAUGUUCUUACUGUUCCACAUGAGAGGAUUUGGGAAAGACCCUUUGUAAUGGCCCCACUAAUAGAUUUACUUGGAUUGGCCACAGAAAGUGAUGUAGUGGCAAGGUGGCAUUCCUUUUCUAAGCAAUCUGGAGGACUUUUUGAAUCAUGGGAGAAACUUGGUGGUGACUCCCUCAUUGGAAGCGAUGGACUUAGACGGGUUUUGCCUGUUGGAAAUCACUUAUGGGACUGGUCAAAAAGAACCCAUGUCAUGGGUGUUCUUAAUCUGACUCCUGAUAGUUUCAGUGAUGGUGGAAGGUUUCAAUCAGUAGAAGCUGCAGUUUCUCAGGUCCGCUUGAUGGUCUCAGAAGGGGCAGAUAUUAUUGAUAUUGGUGCACAAUCCACACGUCCAUUUGCAUCUUGGAUUUCUGUGGAAGAAGAGCUAGAUAGACUAGUACCUGUUCUAGAAGCUAUUCGUGAACUACCAGAGAUAGAGGGGAAGCUCUUAUCUGUGGAUACUUUUCACUCAGAAGUUGCUCUGGAAACAGUGAAAAGAGGGGCUCAUAUUAUCAAUGAUGUAUCUGGUGGGCAGUUAGAUUCUAAAAUGCUUAAGGUUGCUGCAGAUCUUGGGGUUCCUUACGUUGCAAUGCACAUGAGGGGGGACCCCCGUACUAUGCAGAGUGAUGAAAAUCUACAAUAUGAAGAUGUCUGUGUCCAGGUCGCUUCUGAGUUAUAUUUGCGGGUCAGAGAUGCUGAAACAUCAGGGGUCCCGGCAUGGAGUAUUAUUAUUGAUCCUGGAAUUGGAUUCUCCAAGAAUACUGAGCACAAUUUGGACAUCCUAAUGGGUUUGCCGACCAUUCGACGAGAGUUAGCAAUGAGGAGCUUGGCUGUUUCUCGUGCACCCAUCUUGAUUGGACCCUCUAGAAAGAGAUUUUUAGGUGAUGUUUGCAAUCGGCCAGAUGCCACUCAAAGAGAUUCUGCAACAGUUGCUGCUGUCACUGCGGGGAUUUUGGGUGGUGCAAACAUCAUAAGAGUGCACAAUGUUAGGGACAACUUGGAUUCUGCAAGGCUCUGCGAUGCAUUACUGAAGCAUGGAAGAACUCAGUCAUGAUUUGGUGAAUUCGCCAAUUGGGCUUGGUUAGCGUCUUUCUUUUGGGUGAGGAUGUGAGAGGAAAGAGACAUAAGGAAGCUGGCUUAGCUGCCAC